AAGUGGGAAUUGUUGAGUUUUGAAUUCAAACUAAAUUCAAAGUGGAUUUCACAUUUGAGGAAACAAUAGCUGAAUUGGAAACAUUCUCCACGUGACAAACAAAAUUUUCAAACCCGUCUUGAUUUAAAGACAGCUAUACAGUAAGAUGGCUGUAGAAGAAAAUAAAGAACGAGCCUGGGUUGGUGUCAUACGCCGGAUAGUAACUAUUUCGUUUGCCUUUUUGGUGUUAGGCGGGGUGACUUGGGCUUUUGCAGACAGCAUUCCCUUGGCAACGGAUGAGUACCGUAUCUUGGCUUUUGGGAUCUAUGGAGCUUUUCUUGCUUUCCACCUCAUUAUCCAGAGCUUAUUUGCAUUCCUGGAACACAGGAAGAUGCGGAGAGGUGGUCAGGCAUGCUCUUAUAGCAGGACUGUGGCCUUGACAAUCUCAGCUUAUCAGGAGGAUCCAAACUACCUACGAGAAUGUCUGGAGUCUGUCAAGAAUACUGAGUAUCCUCCCGAUAAGUUAAAAAUUAUCAUGGUUAUAGAUGGUAACAAAGAAGAGGACCAAUAUAUGAUGGACAUGUUCAAGGAGGUGUUUGUAAAUGAGGAUGUAGGAACAUAUAACUGGAAAUACAACUAUCAUUCUUGGGACAUGGCUCAAGGAGCACAAAGUUUCAUUGCUGAGGAUAAUCCAGAAGGGGUUUUAGACAGUGUUUGGACAAUCCAAGGGGCAACUGAAAAGCGCUCUGGAGCAAUGUAUGAUAAUUCUAAUGAACAAAUAUAUGAGGACAUUAAGGAGGCAGAUUUGCCCGUGUACACUGAUAUUGUUAGUGAAGAUCCAGGUAGAUAUGAAGUCGAACAGCUGAUCAAAACCAAGCGGUGUGUGUGCAUUAUGCAAAAAUGGGGAGGAAAGAGAGAAGUUAUGUACACAGCUUUUAAGGCUCUUGGAGACACGGUGGAUUAUGUCCAGGUUUGUGACUCAGACACCAAGCUUGAUCCACUUGCCACACUCGAACUAGUAAAGGUUUUGGAAUCGAAUGAUCGGUAUGGUGCAGUAGGAGGAGAUGUGCGAAUUUUGAACCUCCAAGAUUCCUAUAUCAGUUUCAUGAGUAGCUUGAGAUACUGGAUUGCCUUCAACGUGGAACGAGCCUGCCAAUCCUACUUUGAUUGUGUUUCCUGUAUAAGUGGACCUCUUGGUCUAUAUCGGAAUGACCUUCUCCAGACAUUUCUUGAAUCAUGGUACAAUCAAAAGUUUCUUGGAACGCACUGCACAUUUGGAGAUGAUCGUCAUCUUACCAAUCGAAUGCUCAGUAUUGGUUAUGCAACCAAAUACACUGCACGGUCAAAAUGCUACUCAGAGACUCCUGCCCAGUUCUUGCGAUGGCUGAGUCAACAGACACGUUGGACCAAGUCUUAUUUCCGAGAGUGGCUCUACAAUUCCCUUUGGUGGCACAAGCACCACCUCUGGAUGACCUAUGAGUCUAUAAUUGCUGGUAUUUUCCCAUUUUUUGUCACAAUCACAGUGAUAAAGCUUUUCUUCAGCUGCCAUUUGUGGGACAUCAUAUGGGUCCUUAUCACAAUUCAGCUCAUUGCCACCAUCAAAGCCUUGUAUGCUUGUUUCCUCCGAGGCAACAUGGUCAUGAUAUUCAUGUCACUAUAUGCUGUCCUGUACAUGGUUGGUCUUCUACCUACAAAAUACUUUGCCAUUAUCACCAUGAAUAAGAGCAGUUGGGGGACUUCGGGGCGUAAGAAGGUAGUAGGGAACUACAUGCCCCUUCUUCCAUUGUCCAUAUGGGGGUCCAUUCUGUUAGCAGGUCUCAUAUACACUCUUGUAAUGACAUUCACAAAUGCAGGUUGUGCCAUUCUUGACGUUGAGCUAAACUAUCUAAUUUAUGGUUCCACUGCCUACGUAAGUUACUGGUUGUUUAUGAUAUGUCUCUACUGGUUAUGGAUUAGGCGACUCUGUAGGAAGAGAUCUGAUUAUUAUGAUAUACAAGGCUAAAGAAGACGCUCUUAAGGGUGGAAACUGAUCAAAAAGACACAGAUAGCUUUUGGAGGCAACAGAAAAAUCAGGAUUGAUGUCCACAUCAUCUUGGUUUCCCAUCGUGUUCAUCAAAAGCAAAUAUCAAAAGAUAUGUCAGUAAUUAAGUAUUACUGGAUAUUUAUAUCACAAACUGUGAAAGUCCAAAAUAUAUAGAUGAGUCUAGCUUUUUUUUCAAUCCCAUGAAAAGGCCAAAUCUAUUUGGCUCUAGCCAGACUGGCUGUGCAUCCUUGUUAUAAGGGAUGGAGGACUGAGUGUUAAAAUUGGGAAAGCCGUAAUUAUGUGUUCACUUCUAAAUGUA